AUGGCACAAUUAGCUUCGCUUCAUGGUCAUGCGUUGGCGGACCUGGAGCCAGGCCCGUCAUCGAUCGUGUCAACUUCUGAUACAACAUCUGCCUCGAAGUCUUCUGACACUCUCCGACACCACGAGCUCUCCUCCUCACCAAGCCGCCACCACCAGCAACAGCCGCCGCAGGAGCAACAAGACGACUCGUUGGCCAAGAUCUGCCAUCAAACGCUUUCUGACCUUGACACUCCUCCUUCUCCUUGUCUACCCAUAGGGCAUAGCGUCGCCAGCAGUCUCAGCUCCUUGGCUUCCAUCACGACUCCUGUUGCCGGAACUACGUUUCAAUCAACCAUUGCUCACUUCCCCCCUCCUCCUCUCAGAACCCCAAUCAGGCGGAAGCCGUUGUCCUCAUCGGCGUCGUCCUUGGCCGCAUCAUUAUCUUUGCGCGAUUCAGUCAUCGCGGCAGUUCCUGCUCCCUUGAACCCUGACCUUCUCCCCAAGCCGGGCCAGAGGUUUGCCAGACCACCGUCUGUCGAUAGUCCGACGUUUUACGACUAUCCGCAGUCAAUUCGAACAUCGGUGCCCUCUUCCUCAUCUCCAGUCACUAUCCUAGCCUCCACCCAGGCGGGAGCAUCCGAGACGCGCAGCAUUCCAGCAGACGAGCUUCGACAUAGAGACUCUUCUGACUCAUCAGGCGUGCUGUCAGUGUAUGACGAAUUAAGUUCACAAGGUUCCAAUUCGUCUCCACCAGAAGAAGAUAACGCCUGCAAUCCAACCCCUGGGCACGCAAUAGACGACCACAGCCUCGAAGAUAUUGAAUCGCUUUACGGCGACCACGCAGACCAUACUCCAAGUCCUCUCAUGUUGGCCCCAAAACCAACGCCUCCGCACCUAAAACUCGAUACUAUCGAAUCGUCAACUUCCCAAACUCAAUUAGAAGCUCGGCGACAACCAGGGUCCCCCGAAUCGGCCAAGCUAGCUGCAUCUCCGCAGUUAAACAAACCACUACCCAGAUCGCCGGGUCAAGGAUCGCCUUUUGCUGCAUUGUUUGGCUGGUCCAACCCCUCGCCGUCGGUGACAGAUUUCUCUUCGAUUCCUUCGCCACUGUCCCCGGGUAAAAACAUAAAUGCCCCGCAUGAAAAAUCGAGGAACGCCGGAUCAAAUUCAUCAUCUAGUAAUUCCAAUGGUGCAACAUCGAACCCAAUCAGCUACUGCGAAUCGUAUUUAUCAACACCACCCCCUGGAACGACCGCGUCGUCUCUUGAAAUCGACGAGAUGGAGGACGAGCUAAAAGCCAUCAGCUCUGAGCUGGCCGCAUCUAUUCGGCGUGAGAUGGACCUUGAAGACCUGGUUGAUAGGCUCCAAGAACAAGCCAACAACCCCCAAGCGCCGAGCAAGCGAUCAAGCGACUACUUUUCAGAUUCGGGCUAUAGUUCCGCUAAACUUAGCGAGUAUGACCAAAGCAGAGAAGAGAUUGAAAAAAUCCAAAGAAGAUCAGAGCAGGAGAAGGCUGCUAUUCGUUUGGAAUUAAGUAACAAGCUGCAGGAUGAAAGGACAAAGAGAAAAGCCCUGGACCAGCAGAUCAAGGAUCUGUCUGAGAAGGCUUCACAAAUAGACCUUGCUCACAUGAACAAUCUGGAUGCCAAUGACCGUGUCAAGGAUUUGGAAAAGGCUUGCGAAGAUUUAAGGCGACGCCUUGCUGAAGAAAGGGAGUCCAAGAACAACUUUGAAGACCUACUAUCUGGACUGAAAAGUGAAUUACAAGAUACCUGUAAUGAAAGAGACAACCUUCGGGAUGAGGUUGUCCCUCAGUUACGAGCCAGAGUGGAAGGUUUGGAAGCGGAAGCCGCCUCGUAUGCUAACCUCACAUAUGAAUCAACAAAGAUGCAACAUCAACUUCAAUCUCUAAAGCAAGAAAACACCUCACUACGCAACUCACUUGGCCCCGACGACAUUGCCUUGGCAAGAUCAAACUCGGUAGCAACUAGUUCCUUUAGGGCUAGAGGCCCUCCUGCUUUGGGUGGAUUGUCGAGGUCGGAGAGCGUUAAGCAGCCUCAUUCCGAAUCAAGAGAAGCCCUUGCAGAGCGAUUAAAAGACGUGGAGGCUCAACGUGACGCCUUACACAGUGCCUUGAAGAAUCUCCUUGAGAGACAGGAGUUCCAGAACCGCGAGAAUGCCAAGAAAAUCAAGAUUCUGGAAGCGGAGCGCCAACGCUUGUUGCAAGAACCACGAAAAGCUGGAUUUGACAAGGAGAUAUCUAGCUUGCGCACCGAAAUCAAUGUCUUGCGACGUCGUGCAGAGGAUGCACUGGAGCAAAAGUGGCAGGUUGAGAAGGGCCUUGGUGGUCUGAAGAUGGACCUUGAUAGAGCCGAGGAAGAGAUCGCUUCCCUUCGUUCAUUGCUUGAGGAAAAGGACAUUCUGAUUCCUCCUUCACUGGCUCGAUCAAGUGCUCCCAAUGGCACGCCCGGUGUCCCUGUCACCUCAGAAUCUCUCCAGAAGGCUUACCAGGACCUGCGAAGCUCCUACUCUGAGUCAUUGGAGCGUAUUAAGAAACUGGAACUUAGCACAGGUGACGCUGUGUCCGAUGAGAAGACGAAGCUUGCUAUCGAGCGCCUCGAGCAAUCUCUUUCAGCAGCUGUUUCUGAGCGAGAUGCCGCCCGACGGCAUUUGAAUAGCCUUAUGAACCAGGUUGAGGGCCUAUCAGAGGGGGAAUCUCGGAACCUUGACAGGGAGAAGGCUCUAUCUGAUGAGCUGGGCGAAUCGGCUAUACGUGUUGAGCAGCUUGCUUCUCAGGUUCAGCAACAGCUAGCCACUAAUGCUGAGCUGCGAAAGCGUCUUGCCGAUACUGUAGCCCGAGGCGACUCGGACCGAAAACUGAACUCGGAGCGAAUUACCGAGCUUCAGGCACGCCUCCACGCUCUCGAGGAGCAGCUUGUCACGGCACAGACCGCCUCUGAGGAGCGUGUGUCUCGACAUGAAGAGGAGCUUUCUCAACUUCGAGAAGCUCAUAAUGAGCAACUUCGCCGCAUCCAUGGUGGUGCUGGCGUGGGUGUGACUGCGCGCAAGGGCUCACUGUUAAGCUCUGGAGUGCCUAUUAUUUUCGGUCAUUCAGGCCAGGCUAUUACUCCCAAGAGCUUUGAGGAAGAAGUAGAAAUCAAUACUCUUCGAGCUCGGGUCACUGAACUAGAGAAGGCCCUCGCGGAUGCUGAGAGCGAGAUCCAGCAAGUCGUUUCUAAGAUGAACGAAGCGCAGAUCCAGGUCAUGGAUCUUCAAGAGGAGCGCGAGACGGCGGCUCGAGAAACGCGAAAGCUGCAGAACAUUCUUGAGGAAGCGAAAUUGACACCUCUGAGCGGACGGGCUUAA